AUGGAUAGCAAACGACUGUCUGGAGCUCAGUAUCGGAAGCGAAGAGCUGAAAAAGCCAAAGAGAUGGCGAAACAAGAAAAGUCGCUGCAUAAAUAUCUUCGCAAGGACAGUGUCACUGAGAACCACAGCACUGCCGCUGUUUCUGUGCCUUCAACAAAUGUUAGCGAUCCUGUGAUCUCGACAUGUUACAGCGUUCCUGUGACUUUCACUACUUCCACUGCUCCAGUAGCUUCCACAACUUCCACUGCAGAAUGUCACAAUCACACUGUUGUUGCGCGAGAACCUCAUAAGCAGAGUCAAAACAACAAUGACAGCGAAACCAGUGUGGAUAAUGUUCAAAUAGAUAAUGAAAAUACCUAUGGUGAGAAGAAAGAGAAACAGUUAGAGCUGGAUUAUAACGACCCUGCUACCUGGUCUUGCAACGAAAGGCAGGUAACUGAACUCAUUGUUCAGCAUGGCCCACACCAGGUACAUGAUUAUAAUUUUCCUAAAAAUGAAAACAAAAGGAGGUUCUCUACAGUCCACUACAAAAGAAAACUGGCUAAUGGGGAAGAGGUGCAACGCCAGUGGUUAGUUUAUUCAAAGUUUAAUGAUGCAGUAUUUUGUUUUUGCUGCAAGUUAUUUAGCAAUAAGUCUGACAGCUCAUCUCUGCAGAAAGUUGGAUCAAAGGACUGGAAAAACAUUUCGACCAUACUGUCUUCACAUGAAAAAAGUGCAGCACACUUAGAAAACUACCAGACCUGGAGAGAACUUGAGCUGCGAUUACUACAUAGUCAAACCAUUGAUGAUGUCAACGAACACAAGAUUAAGCAGGAAGAAGUCUACUGGCGCCAAAUACUGGAACGACUGAUAGCUUUAGUGAGGAUACUAGCAAUGCAGAACCUUGCACUCCGUGGUGCAAAUGACAAUCUUCAUAGUGCAGGAAAUGGCAAUUUCUUGAAGUUUGUCGAAUAUCUUGCACUUUUUGACCCUGUGAUGAAUGAACAUUUGCGGAGAAUUAAAGACAAUGAAACAAUGAUACACUAUCUUAGAAAAGAUAUACAGAAUGAAUUAAUACAGCUGCUGGCAAAUGCAAUAAAGCAGAAGAUUUUAACAGCUGCUAGUCACGCUAAGUAUUAUUCUGUCAUCUUGGACUGCACACCAGAUGUUAGUCACAAUGAGCAAAUGACAAUGAUUAUUCGAUUUGUUAAUGUGGUGACCGCUUCUGAAAGCUCUAGGUCUCACAUUGAAAUAAAAGAGCAUUUCCUAGGAUUUGUACCAUUGUCUGAAACUGGAAGUGCAUUUAUGACAGAAGUUCUUCUCAAACAACUUCAAGAAAUGGAACUGGACAUAGAUAACCUGCGCGGACAAGGCUAUGACAAUGGAAGCAACAUGAAAGGCAAAGACAGUGGUGUGCAAAAAAGGAUCAUAGAUAUAAACCCACGUGCUUUUUUUGUCCCAUGCAGUGCGCAUUCUCUAAACCUUGUAGUAAACGAUGCAGCUAAGAGUUGUCUAGAAGCUGUGAAUUUCUUUGGAUUAAUUCAACAAAUUUAUAAUUAUUUCUCUGGGUCAACUAGACGUUGGGAAGUACUCAAAAAUCAUGUCCCGGAUGUCACAGUAAAACCACUAAGUGAAACCAGAUGGGCAAGUAGAAUUGAUGCUUUGAAACCUCUGAGAUACCAGCUUGGUAAAAUUUAUGAUGCUCUCAUAGAUAUUUCUGAGAAUGCAAGCUUUCAGGGAUCAUCAGGAAAUGUAACACGAGCUGAAGCCCAAGCCCUUGCUAAUCGCAUUUGCCAGUUCAGAUUUGUUGCAGCACUAGUGAUAUGGUAUAACAUCUUGUUUGAAGUAAAUAUUACCAGCAAAUGUCUUCAAGACAAAGAAGCUGAUUUAAAGACAGCAACAAAGCAGAUGCAUCAAACCCUGGAAUAUCUCAAGAAGCUGAGAAGUGAUAAGGGAUUCAAGCAAGUGUUAGCAGAUGCAACAGAGAUUGCAUGCGAGUUAGAAAUACAGCCAAGCUUUGAGAAAGACCAAGUACCAAGAAAAAGAAGAACUAAACGACAAUUUGACUACGAGGCUACCGACGACACAAUAGAAGACCCUGCUGAACAUUUCAAAAGAUACGAACAAGCCGUAGAAAAGUGA